AUGUCUAAGGACUUGAAAUUCCCGGAAGACUUUAUGUGGGGCACUGCCACUGCCUCGUACCAAGUGGAGGGUGCUAGCAACGAAGGUGGACGCGGCGACAGCAUCUGGGACGCCUUCUCUCGGACACCCGGCAAGAUCGUGAAUGGAGACACGGGCGAGAAGGCGGUGGAUCAUUAUCAUCGCUACAAGGAGGACGUGCAACUUAUGAAGAAGAUGGGACUCAAAGCUUACCGUCUCUCCAUCGCUUGGCCGCGGAUCAUCCCCGCAGGAGUCGGCGCAGUGAACGAGGAAGGCGUCGAGUUCUACAACAACCUCAUCAAUGAGCUACUGGCCAACGACAUCACGCCCCUGGUAACGCUGUACCAUUGGGAUUUACCCUUAGCUCUGCAAACCGAGUAUGACGGUUGGCUUGGUGGCAGAGUCAUCCAAGACGCCUUCGUGCAAUACGCUCGCGUGUGCUUCCAGCGCUUCGGAGACCGUGUGACCAACUGGUUGACGUUGAAUGAGCCGUGGUGCUCCGCCUUUCUGGGCUAUGGCAAUGGUGUUCAUGCUCCAGGACGCAAGUGGAAGCCACACACGGAAGUGUAUCUUGCAGGACACAACCUGUUGCUGGCCCACGCGCGUGCUGUUGAAGCCUACCGCAACGAGUUCCAAGCUACACAGAAAGGUAGAAUUGGCAUCACGCUGAACUGUGAUUGGCGCGAACCAGCAGCGACGGAUGAUCCCGUGCAAAAGGCUAAGAACGAAGAAGCGGCGGAGCGCUCGUUGCUCUUCUUCCUGGGAUGGUUUGCGGACCCGGUCUACAAAGGAGACUACCCGCAAGUCAUGAAAGACCGAUGUGGACUACGUCUACCAACGUUCACUGAAGACGAGAAGAAGUUAUUGAAGGGCAGCUCGGACUUCUUCGGUCUAAACCACUACGGUACCAGCUACACUGAGCCAUCAGAUGAGUAUGAGGCCAAGAUCGCGCCACCGGAUGAUGCUACUGGUGGCUAUGGACUCGAUGAAGGCACCAAACUGACGUCGGAUGACUCGUGGAAGCGCACGGACAUGGGCUGGAACGCUGUAGGUUGGGGCUUCCAGAAGCUGCUGGUCUGGAUCCAGAAGCGUUAUGCAGUGUCCAACGGCAUUCUAGUCACAGAGAAUGGCUGCGCGUGGCCGGAUCGUACCAAGGAGGAGGCUCAGAAUGACGAUUUCCGUGUGCAGUUCUCUAAGGAAUAUCUCACUGGACUACACAACGCUAUUGCGGAAGGCGCAGAUGUCCGUGGAUACUUCGCUUGGUCUUUUAUUGACAACUACGAGUGGGCGGAGGGAUACACUAAGCGCUUUGGACUGCACUGGGUCAACUACGAGACCAUGGAACGCACUCCUAAAAAGUCGGCGCUCUGGUACGGCGACGUCAUUCGCAAUAACGGAUUCGCUGCUUAA